AUGGAAUUGGGUAACGCUAUAGGAAGACCAAUCAAAGUGGAUGAAACUACUUUAAGAAGAGAGAUUGGCUACUAUGCUAGUGUUUUGGUUGAAAUGGAUCUUUUGAAACCAAAACCUAGUAAUGUUUGGGUUGAAACUAAGUAUGGUGGAUUUCUACAAGAAAUUAGAAUUCCCAAAUUACCUAAGUUUUAUAAUCACUGUAAUGUGGUGGGUCAUUUGGUGGCAGAGUGUAGAUCAAAAAGGAAUGAGGUAGAUAAGGGGGAGAAUGUUAAUGGGGUUCAAAAGAAGAAUGUUUGGCAGGUUAAAUCAAAAAGGGUAGUAAAACAAAUGAAAGAAAUCUUUGAUAUUUGUAAUACUCCCAAAAGAAGAGAACAACCAAUUGAGAAGGACGUGGUAAGUGAAGAUGAAAUUGUGGAUGCAAUUAUUCCUCCAAUAAUUCAAUAUGUGGAGAGUACUUCUGAAGGUAAUAAGAGUAAUUCAGAUGUAUCCUCUAGUAGUUCUUCAACAACACAAGUAGUAAAAGUAGUAGGUGAAGGUGAAGUGAGAAUUUCUGAAGUUAUUAAGAAGGUGACAAUAUUCUGGAAUUUCAGAGGCUUAAGAAGAGCUAAAGCCAAAGACAAACUCGGAAGUUUGGUGAAUCAGUUUAGUCCUACUUUAUGUUUUGUGGUUGAACCAAAAAUUAAAUGGAAUUCAAAAGAUAGUAAGCAGUUGAAACUGAAAGGAAUGAAUCAUAUGGUUAUACAUAAUUCUGUGAAUAGAGGUAAAGGGAAUAUUUGGCUUUUUCGGAGUGCAUCUAUUACUACACCAACUAUUGUUUCAAUAACUAAACAGAAAAUUAGUCUUAUGAAUUUACCUUGGCUAGUAAUAGGAUAUUUUAAUACAGUUUUAAGUACCGAGGAGAAAAAGGGUGGAAGAUCUCCUUUUGGAGUGGAAAUGCAAGAUUUUCAUAACUGUAUUAAUACUUGUAGUCUAAUACAGGCUCCAACAACAGGUUUACAUUUUACUUGGUGUAAUAAUAUAGCAGGAAAUAAGAGAAUUGUUUGCACUUUGGACAAAGCUCUAUAUAAUCUGAAAUGGAUGGAUACUUAUCCAGAUUGGUCUUACAAAGUAGGUGUGAGGGAAGUUUCAGAUCAUAGUCCACUAUUGGGUUCUUGUAUGGAUGUUAAUAAACCAAAAAUUAUUCCAUUCAGGGUCUUAAAAGUAUGGCUGGAAGAGAGCAGUUUUAAGGAGGUGAUUAAGGAGGCUUGGGAUGAGAAUGUUCAUGGUAAUCAUGCUUAUGUUUUUAUGAAUAAAAUGAAAAUAAUGAAGAAGAAAAUACAAGACUGGAAUUGGAAUGUGUUUGGUGAUGUUAGGUUAAAGUUACAAGAAGCUUAA